GUGGCACUCGGUGACGCUGGGUGACACUCUGGUGACGCUGGGUGGCACUGCCAGGUGUGGGUGCUGUUCGGGGACGGCUCCCUGGGCUUCAGCCUGAUGGAGUUCGACACCUUCGUGCGCCACAAGGUCCCACUCAUCGCCCUGGUUGGCAACGACGCCGGCUGGACGCAGAUCAGCCGCGAGCAGCUGCCCCUGCUGGGCAGCGCCGUGGGCUGCGGGCUGGCCUACAGCGAUUACCACGCGGUGGCGGAGGCGCUGGGCGGCCGCGGCUUCGUCGUGGACAGCGCUGGGGACACCGCGGGGGAUGGCACAGGGGACACCGCGGGGGACAAUGCUGGGGAUGGCACAGGGGACACCGCGGGGGACGUCCAGGCCAGGGUGGUGGCCGUGCUGAGGGCGGCGCAGGCCGAGUGCCACCGAGGCCACCCCGUGCUCGUCAACGCCCUGCUGGGCCCCAGCGACUUCCGGCAGGGCUCCGUGUCCGUCUGAGGGACACCAAGUGUCACCAAGGGUCACCA